CAUAUAUGGUCGGUGUUGUAGUAGUGGCACUGGAUGAAUUGCGCCGUUUUUCUUUUUUCUGUUCUGCUUUGGAUGCAGUAUCAUCGCCUGUUGUGUCCGAUUUUCACUGCCCCUUUCACGCUGAUGGUUCCAAAACUGGCAAAAAUGGGGUGUUCUGCGGAAGUGGGCAGCGAUCUAUCGGUUUUUUGUUAUUUGCAGGUAAUUAGUCUGCUAGUCCACCAAGAUGCUCCGGUGGAGACACUACACGCAAAGAGAAAAGAGAGCAUAUAUGAUCGAGCAAAGGAAAUUAAAGAUGGUACUAUGAUCCAUCAAUAUCUUUCAAGAAAAAAGUUCACUCCAUUUUUAUUGUUUGAAGCACAUCAUCAUGCAAUUUAUCAAGUUGAUUUGUUUUCCGAAAGGAGCGUUAGUUGAUCUGUACAUUAUUUUUUGAAGCACAUGCAUCACGAUCACGCUACAUUAUUUUUUGAAGCACAUGCAUCAUCAUGCAAUUGAUCUAGGAAUACGCUAGCUGUGCAUGCAUGGUCGUCUAUCUAUAUAUAGCAGGAGUUUGCAGCACGAUGAAAGCAUCGGUGCAGCGGUCUAGCACAACACACAAGUCGCUAGCAAUGGUUUCCGCUGUACCUCUGUUGCUGUUGCUUCUCUUGUGCAGCUCUACAUCUCUGGUUGCACAUGCAGGAGCAGAUGAGCUCAACUACAUUGUCGUAGAGACUAGCUCGCUCAAGCCACACGCCGUUUGCAAAGGGCUCAGGGUAUUUGGCAUGCAUGCAGUCCAUCCAUCCUCCGCUAAUCAUACCGGCAGCUGGAUGCCGCUGAGUAGUCUUCAUGGCCCGUGCUCGCCGUCGUGGGAGGAGGGGGUGGACGACAGUGCGCCGUCCAUGGUCGACACGCUGCGAUGGGACCAACACCGCGCCCACUACAUCCAAAGGAAGCUCUCCGGCAAUGUCUCUCAGGAAGAUCUAGAACUUGCACCAAGCGUAUCGACGGUAACCAACGAAGCAGGCGGGGGCGCCGUAAGUGCCAGCGUGGGCGAUGGAAGCGGCGCCAUGGCAAAGGACUCCCAGCUGAGCAUUGAUCCGGCGGCGACCGGCGGCCGCCUGCCCGGUGUGAAGCAGACGAUGCUGCUCGACACGGCGAGCGACGUGGCGUGGGUGCAGUGCGCCCCCUGCCCCGCCUCGCAGUGCUAUCCGCAGACGGACGUCUUGUACGAUCCCUCCAAGUCGGGAUCGUCGGCGCCCUUCCCAUGCAGCUCGCCCACCUGCCGGCAGCUCGGGCCUUAUGCUAAUGGCUGCACCAGCAACUCCCAGUGCCAGUACCGCGUCCAGUACCCUGACGGCUCCACGACGUCGGGCACGUUCAUCUCCGACCUGCUGACGCUGAGCCCCAACGGGCAAGUCCCAAAGUUCCAGUUCGGCUGCAGCCACGCCGCGCGGGGCAGCUUCAGCAGCAGCAAGACGGCCGGGAUCAUGGCGCUCGGCCGCGGCGCGCAGUCGCUGACAUCGCAGACCAUGACGCAAUACGGCCAGGUCUUCUCCUACUGCUUCCCGCCGACGACGAGUCACCAGGGCUUCUUCAUUCUCGGCUUGCCGACAAGGUCUGCCUCCAGGUACGCGGUGACGCCCAUUCUCAAGACCGCGAUGUUGUACCAGGUCCGCCUCCAGGCCAUCACCGUCGCUGGGCAGCGCCUCAACGUGCCGCCCACGGUGUUCGCCGCCGGCGCGGUCCUGGACUCCCGCACCGUCAUCACGCGCCUCCCGCCCACGGCCUACCAGGCGCUGCGCUCCGCGUUCAGGGACAAGAUGAGGAUGUACCGCGCGGCCGCCCCCAACGGCCAGCUCGACACCUGCUACGACUUCACCGGCGUGCGCCGCAUCACGCUCCCAACGAUCAGCCUGGUGUUCGACCGCACCGCCGGCGUGGAGCUCGACCAGUCGGGGAUCUUGUACAACAACUGCCUCGCGUUCACCUCCAACGGCGACGACCGCGCCACCGGGAUCAUCGGCUACGUCCAGCUGCAGACCAUCGAGGUCCUGUAUAAUGUCGCCGGCGGCUCCGUCGGGUUCCGCCGUGGUGCGUGCUGAGCGCCCAAGCUACCUAUCUAUCUACCUACCGCCUUUUUGGCACGAUAUCAACACCUAAAUAAGCCAGAUAAUUAAUAUGUUGUGUGCUACUCGGCAUAUCUAAAGCUUCGGUGUGAAAUGAAGCUAAUGAAUUAUAUAUUGGAAUUGUCCAAUAUAUACAAACUAAACUUUUGGAGCUUGUUUUUCCCCCCUUUUCUUCACAGAUUGGACCUUGUUUGAGUGUUUUUCCUAUCAACAUUCAUGUCGAAAAUAAUAAAUAUAAUGUUUGUGAAA